UUGUAGUUACGGCGAGAUUGUUCAGUCUAAUCGAAUUGCGUCAACGGCACACACUUAAGGGGAAGCUAGAUAAGUGCCGGCGGGACAAAGGGGGUUCAUCUGUCAUGUCUCUGGUGGUCGUUCAACUUGGCCAGUGUGGGAACCAGGUUGGGAAGCAGCUGUUUGAAGUGGUAAGCACAGAUGGGCGGAGAGGCUCCAACGAGAGCAAGUAUUACUCGAGCAUUUCGCAGGAGCGAUUCUUCAGCAGCAGCACUGACGGAGUACAAGUAGCUCGGGCUGUUCUUGUUGACAUGGAGCCAAAAGUCAUCAGCCACACUAUGUCUAAAGCUGCAAACUCAGGGAGCUGGAGAUAUGGAGCUCAAUCAUCCUUCUGUCAGAAACAAGGAUCCGGAAAUAAUUGGGCAAGUGGGUUUUGCGUUCAUGGUCCCCGACACGAAGAAGCUGUGAUGGACCUGGUCCAACGGGAGGUUGAGAAAUGUGAGCGGCUCAGUGGUUUCUUGACGAUGAUGAGUCUGGCUGGAGGGACUGGGUCCGGGUUGGGUACAUUUGUUACUCAGUGCUUGCGGGAUAGAUACCCACACUCAUUGAUACUAAAUCAACUCACGUGGCCUUAUGGAACUGGAGAGGUGAUUGUCCAGAAUUACAACACAGUGCUGACAUUGUCUCACUUGUAUCAGUCAUCUGAUGCACUACUCAUUCAUGAGAAUGACAUCAUUCACAAGAUUUGUUCGCAGUUAUUGAAUAUAAAACAGAUCUCCUUCACAGAUAUCAACAAAGUAAUUGCUCAUCAACUUGGAAGUGCCUUGCAACCAGCAUGCACCAGACUGCAUGCAACAGAAUAUAGUUCAAAUCCUCUUGGUGAUCUGCUGGAAAGUUUGGUAACUCAUCCAGAGUAUAAAUUACUCGGCUUGAUGAACAUCCCACAGAUGUCUGACAUUUCUUUGCAGUUCAGUUCCUUUACCUGGUCAGGGCUACUGAAGCACCUGCGUCAAAUGCUGAUGGCCAAUACAAAAAUGGAAGCAGGUAUUGAUUGGCGAGUGAAGCUUCCCCUGAUAGGUCUCCCGCCAGCUGCAAAAGUUUCACAAAAUAAAGAGCUGCACAUGAAUAUGUCUCUGGCCAACCUACUGAUAUUGCGAGGGAAGGAUGUUCAGGAAGCUGAUGCAGGCAGUUUUCAGGAUCGGGCACUGUACACUUCCUGGAUGCCUGUGGAUACUGCCUUCAAUCUCUGGAGAACCUCUGUACCCUUCAAUAAGUAUGAGAAAUCAGCCACUCUUGUUAGCAAUAGCCAGUGUCUCCUGAAACCUCUGGACUGUGCAAUCAAUAAAGCUUGGGACAUGUUUGCCUCCAGGGCUUACGUGCAUCAGUAUGUGAAACAUGGAAUCUCAGAGGAGGAAUUUCUAGACAGUUUUACAACCAUGGAACAGGUCAUCGCUAGUUAUUCUAGCCUUGGAUAGAUGAUGGUGAUGUGAGAUGUUUACCACUACUGCUCUGAGUGAUUAAGCAGCAUAUUGCAAGUUUCACUCAAAUCUUAAUCACCCCAGGUAUUAACAAUUAAAAUCUUUGUAAACUUUAAACUAUUUUUCUAUGAUGUAUUUAAGAUUUGCCCUAAUAAUAUGAAGAAUAUAAUACAAAAUAUUUCAGUAUUAAUUGUUUUUCCUGUUUUCUUCUUCUAAAUAUCCAGUAAAGUUUUAACAACCAAUGAGCAAAUAUCUGUUGCUUGUAUCAGUGAAGACAUCUUGUAGAAAGUGAGACCUUCAUAUUGAUAGUUCAGGAAAAAGUCAGUGAGGUUCCUAGCCGGGUUGACAGGAUGUCAUCUGUUAGUGAGCAAGGACGGGCUGCUCAGUCUCAGUGAGCUGUAGAUGAGAUGCAUGGUCUUGGGGAGUUUUGAAAGUUUUCAAAUACUUUGCUUCCAUGCCUGCAAGGAGAAGAAUUUCAAAGACACUCAAAACUGUAAAGAAGAUUUGCCCUAUUACUGUAUGGAAGAGCUGCCCCCUUGUUUUCAAACUGUAGCCACUGUCGUGGUUUCUCGUUUCUCACAAACGACAAGGAGACGCAGAAAACCUGUCAAGACAUUUUAAACUUUAAUUUGCAAAUCAAAGCUGAGACCAUCAGAAAGCUAGUAGCCGACUGCCCGCCGAGGCUUGUAUACAGCAUUUUUAUAGCAAUUUUCCUAUCUUAGCUACAUUAUCAUAUUCAGUCGGUCUGUGAUUACAUAUCAUCAAAUAUCCGCUCUCAACUUUCCACUAUUGUUUUACUCCCCAACUUAAUUAUGUCCUAGCUUACAUUUUAGACCAUAUGUCCUCUCAUCCCUAACCACAGUUAUUUCUUAAUUAGUCUUGCAUUGACAUACUGCCACAUAUUUCAUCACCUUACUCGCCACCGUUAUCUUUCUACUUGGUUUCAUUCUAGUUUUCUUCAUGAAUUAAUAGUGAACAGGUCAAAAGUCAUGGCUACAUAGUGAAUACCUUCUAUUGAGCUAGCAGUGGUUACAUGGUAAAUAUAGAAAAUACAAUGUGUGCAUUUGAGUAAAUACUGUUGCAUAAAUACUGUAAUACAUAGAAGAUACAAUGCAUGCAUUUGCAUUUUUCAAUAUAAUCCUCCCUUUGAGACCCACAGGGUCUGAUACAGAGAGAGAGGACUGAGAGUCUAUGCACAAAAGCUCAAAUAAAGCCCCGCAUUUACUCCCAAAUUUUGGGUUAAACUAUAGUUUCCUGUGCUUAGGACUCUAAGUGUUCUCUCCCUACCUCCCUAGGUCAUUGAGCCAAAAACCCGUCCCUUCGUAUCUGAGACAGGGAAAAAGACUCAGGAGCCUUCACAGUCUAAUCCCCACAUAUUUCAUCUCUCUCGUUCGUCUUGCAUGUCUCGUAGACUGUACGA